AUGUCGGAGAGUGAGUCGUUGAGUCAGUUGAAUUUGGGGGUGUAAUAUCUCAAAGAUCUCUGUCACCAAUCAAUAACUUCAGAAGAUGAUUAUUCCUUCCUUGAGCUCUUGUUAUCAGAGUCUAGACCAUCCUCUCCAGUCUGUUGAAAUCAUUUGAUGAGUACAGGACCCUCCCCCCUGACUCUCCAGUUCCUCACUUCAUGCCUCAAUGUUGUGAUUAUUAUUUGGCUUUCACUGGAAGUAAGUGUCAUCCCCUGAAUCAGUCACCUCAGACAUUGAAUUCUCUGGAUUUACCCUCAAGGAAUUAUUUGAUGAAAACAGAGCAUAUUCACCUAUUCCUGUAUGUCUGAGAGUGAGUCUGUUGAGUCAGUUGAAUUGGGUGUAUUCUCAAAGAUCUCUGUCACCAGAAUCAAUCACUUCAAAAGGUGACUUUACUUCCUUGAGCUCUUGUUAUCAGAGUCUAGACCAUCCUCUCCAGAGUCUAUUGCAUUAUUUGAUGAGUACAGGCCUCUCUCUCCUGAUUCUCCAUUUUCCUCAUUUUCAUGCCUCAUUGUUGCAAUUAUAUUUGGCAUUCACUGGAAGUAGAUGUUCAUCACCAAAACCCAGUAUCUCAGAUAUUGAGUUCUCAGGACUUUACCUUAAAGGGAAAUUUAUUGCUGAGGACAGAGCAGAUUCUCCUGAAUCGAUAUAUUCAGACAAUGAUUUUCUGGAUCAAUUGGAAGCAGGACUUGUUCCACCUCUUGCUUGAAUCAGUUUUCUCCAGUUUCUGAUCCUCUCCCUCACUCUACCCAAUCUGAAACUCUGUUAACAAUUAAUCUCACCUGCCCUUAGUCCAGUCUGAAUCUGUGCACAGAGACACCAAACCAGAAAUUAGUAUCUACCCCCAACAAUGGCAAAAGAGGCUCUGUUGAGGAUCAAACCACAUUGCCAGUUGCAGUUAAGAAAGCAUUUAUACAGCUUGACUUGAGUGAUGAGAAGUUUGGUUCGUUAUUACCAGUCCCUGUACUGA